CUUUCUAAAACUCCAUCUCUCUCUAGAGAGAAGCUCAGAACCAGCUGUUAGAACUCUUGCAUCAAGAAGAAUGCAUAAUAAGGACGCUUGUUCCCCCUCCUCCAACGGCGGAUUUGGCGCCACCGCCGCCAGUCAAAUGCCGUCAAACGGCAACGCCUAUAGUUCAUUGUACGCCGCUUUGUCGAACGAGAAUAUUCCGUCAUUCUCAGCAAACUGCAGCAACGGUGGCGGCGUCUCGCUGUACCCGUACUCUGACUCCACUCAGUACGACUCGUGCGUUAUUCAGAAGCACCAGGAUAUGGUGAACCGUCACAGCAUGUGCCUCAGUCGCCUCGUGGAAACUUCCAAAGAGGUCGAAGCUCUUCGGCAAGAGAAUGGCCAGCUCCGUGCUGUGAACAAGGAACUUCAGAAGCAGCUGAACCUCCUCAUUCAGGCUUCGCUAGAGAACCAAUUCGGCGGCGGCGGCGGCUCCUCCGGCCAGACGCAAACGACGCCGUUUGAUGUCGUGCAUGGGUUCCGCGGAUUUCACAUUGGGGAGGGGAAAGAGAACUGCGCCGAUUGGAAUCACAAUAACAACAAUAAUAACAAUAGUAAUAACAGCAAUAAUAAUAAGGAGCUGCAGGAAAUUUCGGACGAGAGUCCAACAAGCGUGAUUGAGAAUAACGGUGUUGAGUUGGAGAGGUUCUCUCUUCCUAAGAGCAUAUCUGUGAGGUCGAAUGGCUACUUGAAGAUGGCUCAGUCUGCGGCUCUUGCCAGCAAUAAUGCCUCUCGCAACAAGGGCGCUACUCGCCCACGCACUUCCUCCGCUCCGCCUGAAGCCCAGAAGGUAUAUGUACGAGGAGGGCAGAAAGAGGAAGAGCCUCUUGAAAUGGUAGUGUAUAAUCAAGGAAUGUUCAAAACUGAGCUGUGUAAUAAGUGGCAGGAAACUGGCACAUGCCCAUAUGGAGACCACUGCCAAUUUGCUCAUGGCAUUGGGGAGCUUCGCCCUGUCAUCCGCCACCCACGCUACAAAACUGAGGUCUGCAGGAUGGUCCUUGCUGGGGUUGUAUGCCCAUAUGGCCAUAGAUGCCAUUUCCGACAUGCACUUACUGAACAAGAGAAGGCUGUAUCACAGCCUAAGCCCAGAACAAUGAAGCUGGAAAGAUAAGAUAGUCUGCUGCAGUAAACGUAAACAGUACAUAAUAAUAUUCUUCAUUGUGUAAUUACAAACAUGGACAAGCACAAGCUAAAAAAUAAUUACCUUUCUAAGGAAAAGUAAGGUAAGAAAAAGAAAUAUAUAGGGGGCUUUCGGCAAGAUGAGAUUUAGGGCAGGAUUAUUCGGGAGAAUGUGGUCAGUAGUCGUCGCGUCGUUUCUUCUUUUUCUUCCCCUUAAGUUUGACAUUUUGAUUUUUGAA